UUUUCUCUUUGCCUUAUUCUCUCUCUUUGGCUCUCUCCUUCCGCGCGAGUCUCAGGAGAAGCCUCAGCGCGAGGCGCCGCCGCCGCCUGGGGCCCGCCCGCCUUGCGCCAUGGACUGGCAGCCGGACGAGCAGGGUCUGCAGCAGGUCCUGCAGCUGCUCAAAGACUCGCAGUCGCCCAACACGGCCACGCAGCGCAUCGUGCAGGACAAACUCAAACAACUCAACCAGUUUCCUGACUUCAACAACUACCUGAUCUUCGUCUUGACCAGACUCAAGUCGGAAGAUGAGCCGACGCGCUCUCUCAGUGGCCUCAUCCUGAAGAACAACGUGAAGGCGCAUUACCAGAGUUUCCCGCCGCCCGUGGCGGACUUCAUCAAACAAGAGUGUCUCAACCACAUCGGGGACGCCUCCUCACUCAUCCGAGCCACCAUCGGCAUCCUCAUCACCACCAUCGCUUCCAAGGGGGAGCUGCAGAUGUGGCCCGAGCUGCUGCCCCAGCUGUGCAACCUGCUCAGCUCCGAGGAUUACAACACCUGCGAGGGGGCCUUCGGAGCCCUGCAGAAGAUCUGCGAGGACUCCUCCGAGCUCCUGGACAGCGACGCCCUCAACAGGCCGCUCAACGUCAUGAUCCCCAAGUUCCUGCAGUUCUUCAAGCACUGCAGCCCCAAGAUUCGGUCCCACGCCAUCGCCUGCGUGAACCAGUUCAUCAUGGAUCGGGCCCAGGCGCUGAUGGACAACAUCGACACCUUUAUCGAGCACCUGUUCGCCCUGGCCGUGGACGACGACCCCGAGGUGCGAAAGAACGUGUGCCGCGCCCUGGUGAUGCUGCUGGAAGUGCGCAUCGACCGCCUCAUCCCCCACAUGCACAGCAUCAUCCAGUACAUGCUGCAGAGGACCCAGGACCACGAUGAGAACGUGGCCCUCGAGGCCUGCGAGUUCUGGCUGACGCUGGCCGAGCAGCCCAUCUGCAAGGAAGUCCUGGCCUCCCACCUGGUCCAGUUGAUCCCUAUCCUUGUCAAUGGGAUGAAGUACUCGGAAAUCGACAUCAUCCUGCUCAAGGGCGACGUGGAGGAGGACGAGGCGGUCCCUGACAGCGAGCAGGACAUCAAGCCUCGCUUCCACAAGUCGCGCACGGUGACACUGCCCCACGAGGCCGAGCGGCCCGACGGCUCUGAGGACGCAGAGGACGACGACGACGAUGACGCUCUGUCCGACUGGAACCUGAGGAAGUGCUCAGCAGCCGCGCUGGACGUCCUUGCCAACGUCUUCCGGGAGGAGCUCCUGCCCCACCUGCUACCCCUGCUCAAGGGCCUCCUCUUCCACCCCGAGUGGGUGGUCAAGGAGUCGGGCAUCCUGGUGCUGGGUGCCAUCGCCGAGGGUUGCAUGCAAGGCAUGGUGCCCUACCUGCCCGAGCUGAUCCCGCACCUGAUCCAGUGUCUGUCGGACAAGAAGGCCCUGGUGCGCUCCAUCGCCUGCUGGACGCUGAGCCGCUACGCCCACUGGGUGGUCAGCCAGCCGCCCGACAUGCACCUCAAGCCCCUGAUGACUGAGCUGCUCAAGCGCAUCCUGGACGGCAACAAGAGGGUUCAGGAGGCAGCUUGCAGUGCCUUUGCCACCCUGGAGGAGGAGGCCUGCACGGAGCUGGUGCCCUACCUCAGCUAUAUCCUGGACACCCUCGUCUUCGCCUUCGGCAAGUACCAGCACAAGAACCUGCUCAUCCUCUACGACGCCAUCGGCACCCUGGCCGACUCGGUGGGCCACCACCUCAACCAGCCGGAAUAUAUCCAGAAGCUGAUGCCCCCGCUGAUCCAGAAGUGGAACGAGCUCAAGGAUGAGGACAAGGACCUGUUCCCCCUGCUGGAGUGCCUGUCCUCCGUGGCCACCGCCCUGCAGAGUGGCUUCCUGCCCUACUGCGAGCCGGUCUACCAGCGCUGUGUCACCCUGGUACAGAAGACCCUGGCCCAGGCCAUGAUGUACAGCCAGCACCCCGAGCAGUACGAGGCCCCUGACAAGGACUUCAUGAUCGUGGCGCUGGACCUGCUCAGUGGCCUGGCCGAGGGCCUGGGCGGCCACGUGGAGCAGCUGGUGGCCCGCAGCAACGUCAUGACGCUGCUCUUCCAGUGCAUGCAGGACUCGAUGCCCGAGGUGCGCCAGAGCUCCUUUGCCCUCCUGGGAGACCUCACCAAAGCCUGCUUCGUCCAUGUCAAGCCCUGCAUCGCCGAGUUCAUGCCCAUCCUGGGCACCAACCUGAACCCCGAGUUCAUCUCUGUCUGCAACAACGCCACCUGGGCCAUCGGCGAGAUCUGCAUGCAGAUGGGGGCCGGGAUGCAGCCCUACGUGCAGAUGGUGCUCAGCCACCUGGUGGAGAUCAUCAACCGGCCCAACACGCCCAAGACGCUGCUGGAGAACACAGCCAUCACCAUCGGCCGCCUGGGCUACGUGUGCCCGCAGGAGGUGGCGCCCAUGCUGCAGCAGUUCAUCAGGCCCUGGUGCACGUCCCUCAGGAACAUCAGGGACAACGAGGAGAAGGACUCCGCCUUCCGAGGCAUCUGCAUGAUGAUCGGGGUCAACCCUGGGGGUGCCGUGCAGGACUUCAUUUUCUUCUGCGACGCCGUAGCCUCCUGGGUGAGCCCGAAGGACGACCUUCGGGACAUGUUUUAUAAGAUUCUCCACGGCUUCAAAGACCAAGUCGGGGAGGAGAACUGGCAGCAGUUCUCGGAGCAGUUCCCGCCGCUGCUCAAGGAGAGGCUGGCGGCCUUCUACGGGGUCUAGGCGAGCGCCGGGACGGCCAGGUGAGGGGGUCCCGGGGCUGCCGGCGCCCCCCGGCAGGGCCCCCGGCCGGCCUGACCCCGCCUGCCCUGCCCCGCCUUGCAGGUUCCGUGCGCGCCGGCGCCGGCGGAGGGAUUGCCGGAGCGUGUCCCGAGGCGCCGGCCCCGGCCGAGGGGUGAGGGGGCGCGGGGGCCCCGCGCGCAGGCGCCUUCCCCUCGCGUCUACCUGCCCGGCGGCGCCUGAGUGGCAGGCGGCUGGGCGGGGCCUCCGCGCUCAUCCUACCAAUGGGGAGGGGGGUGGGACUUCGGGGGCGUGGGCCCGCCGCGCGGGAGGGGCUCAGCGCAGCCGAGCGGAUCCGGCCUCGGAUGCGGAAGGGGCAGGAAGGCAGGCGGGGAGGGGUCCCGGGAGAGACACACGCUCGCACGCGCACACACACUCGCGGCCACACGUCUGUGCAGGCGCCGCAGCCAGGCGUGGCCCGGCCGGUCGCCCCCCGUCCCCCGACUGCAUGGAGACAGUAGAGUUAGUGACCCUCCGAGUUAACCCGUGAGGCCCUCCGUGUAACCUUCAUCUAGUGCUCAGAAGCUUCUGCUGUUUUGCCGGGAUUGGCGGUGAUGGGGGAGGGCUGG